AUGGCGGCUCCAGCUAGAGCUCGACUUUUCACACUCUUGCUGCUCGCAGCUGCCGGUUGGGUGUCGGCCAUGGCUUCUAAUGACACCGUCCCCUCCACCACGUCGUCGUCUCCGGCACCAACCGGGUGGCUAAAGGCGCAUGCCACGUUCUAUGGAGGCGCUGAUGCCUCGGACACCAUGGGCGGCGCGUGCGGGUACGGCAACCUCUACUCCCAGGGCUACGGCACGCGGACGGCGGCGCUGAGCACGGUGCUCUUCAACGACGGCGCCUCGUGCGGGCAGUGCUACAAGAUCGCGUGCGACCGCAAGAGAGCCGACCCGAGGUUCUGCAAGCCCGGCGUCGGCCACCAACUUCUGCCCGCCCAACUUGGCGCUGCCCGAUGGCGGGUGGUGCAAUCAGCAGCGCCCACACUUCGACAUGGCGCAGCCGGCCUGGGAGAAGAUCGGCGUCUACAGCGGUGGCAUCAUCCCCGUCAUGUACCACAGUACCAGAGGUCUUUCAUUAAUUUAUUUCCUACUUCUUCCUAG